AAGACAAGUGACAAGCGGGCGAAAGGGGCGAAGGGCGAAAAAACAUUAUCAAACAAUGCUUUGAAGUUUGAACUGACUUUGAGUUUGUUUUUAUACAGAUAUAAUAUAACUACUCUUUGUUUGCUUUGUUCAAUCAUGUCCGUUUAGUUUCGCUUAAGUGAAUAUUUUUUACAUUUCUUGUAUUCUGUUAUUUAUCUAAUAAGAAGAUAACUUUUUAAAACAAUAACUAUCCAGCUGUUCACACAGCAGACGACCACGUCAAGGUAAGAACAAUAACAACUCAACGAUAUUCGUCACCAAAAGCCGACAAGUGGCCAUAUUUAAAUGAGAACUGUGUAACCUAAUUUUGAAGAAUUUCAUUUGAAUCUUGCUAUAUCUACUAAAGAUUCAGAAUGGCAUGGACAGGAUAUCAAAAAUUCCUUGCUUUAAUGAUGGUCAUCACUGGUUCAAUCAAUACCCUGAGUACCAAAUGGGCGGAUAAAUUGGAAUCCAAAGGUUCUGAUGGAGAAAUUAGGCCAUUUAAUCAUCCAUUCCUUCAAGCAGCCACAAUGUUCUUAGGAGAGAUAUUAUGCUUAGUGACAUUUAAAUUAAUAUACUAUAAAACAAGGAACACAGGAGGCCAUGCUUUGACUCAAGGCAAUCAAAACUUUAACCCAUUUAUACUGAUGCCAGCAGCCAUGUUUGAUUUGAUUGGCACCUCAAUAAUGUAUAUUGGACUUACUCUUACUUAUGCAAGCAGUUUCCAAAUGUUCCGAGGUUCCAUCAUCCUCUUUGUUGCUGUAUUUUCUACAACAUUCCUUGAACGUAAGAUUGCUUCAAGAGAAUGGGCUGGAAUAGCUGGAGUGCUAUUGGGACUUGUUAUUGUUGGGGCUACAGAUGCCAUAUACCAGGCCCCAGGCGAGGCUAAAGGUAGAAACAGUGUAAUAACAGGAGAUAUGCUGAUCAUUGUUGCGCAGGUUGUUUCCGCCUGCCAGAUGGUAUAUGAAGAGAAAUAUGUCACUGGUCUAAACAUACCAUCAAUGCAAGCUGUAGGAUGGGAAGGUAUAUUUGGUUUUUCAGUGCUUUCAGGAUUACUGGUCAUAUUCUAUUGGGUACCUGCACCAAGUCACUUUGGUAACAAUCCUCGAGGUACUGUAGAAGAUGCGAUUGAUGGAUUAAUACAAAUAGGUAAUAACCCGUUGCUCCUUGUAGCAAUUAUAGGAACAAUAAUAUCUAUUGCUUUCUUCAACUUUGCGGGUAUAAGCAUUACCAAAGAACAAUCUGCUACAUCCAGAAUGGUACUGGAUUCUAUAAGAACGUUUUUCAUCUGGAUGGUGUCGCUGGCUGUCUCUUGGCAAGUUUUCCACUGGCAACACCUUGUUGGCUUUAGUAUACUGUUAAUGGGCAUGUUUAAAUAUAAUGGUGUUUUACCUGAAUGGAGCCUGUUUCGUAGAAAUACUGACAAUGUCACCCAAGAGGAGGAGAGAGGUGUUGUUAAUGCUGAAGCUGAUAAUCCUCAAGAUGUUUAAAUACUCAGAACAUUGUCACACAUUCAAUGCUUCAAUGAUUUAACGUAUCAAAGCGAGAUGUCUAUAGAAUUGUAUUAACUUUAAGAAAUAUUGACGUAAUUGUUUACAGUAUUCAAUUUCCAAUCAUUUAUAAUUAUGAUACAAGUAAUUUUAAAAAGAAUAUAUUUAGUUUUGUUACUAACUUCUAUAAGAACUGAUGUAUUAGAUAAAUUAUUGGUUAAAAAUAGUAUUUAAGAUGUAAAUGAUAUUCUUUCAUAUGAUCUGGACAAUUUUUUUUAGGUGCAAGUAGUGUAUGUCUAUAAUCCUAUAUGCUAUUUCAUCAUCAGCUCACUAUAUGUCCCCACCGAGGGGCUCGGAGCAUAUGUAAAGGGUGAUUAUAAUAUGCUAUUUACUAAAUACUAUUUACUUAUUUUAUACAAAUAAUAAUUUUCCUUACAUAUCAUGACUUUUAUUAUGUAUUUUGUAAUAUUAAGCAGAUUUAAAUCUUUGUAAACACAUUGUUAUAGCUCAAUAAAAUGUAAUAUUAUUAUGUAAAUAAAUAUAACAUAGAUAAAGAAAUACAAUAAUAUGUGAUACUGUCAAACAAGAUUAGAUAUGUUUUGAAUUUUAUUUGAUUAAAUUAAUGGGCAAAAUAAU